ACGGGGUUCCUGUGUUUUGACAGUAAUGGCGGACACAGAGCUAGUACACAACAAAAUGAUACCUAAAAUACUCGUUUAAAAUGAGCUUCCUAAGUUGUCUUGUAAACAGAAAACUGACCUACAGACUAUAUUGUCUGUCCUCGCAAAUACCCAAAGGAUUUUGGUGGCUUAAACAAGGCAAACUCGCUGGUCUAGCCAAACCGAAGACGAAGUCAGACUUGGAACUUCUCAAGAACAAUGGCGUUACACAUUUAGUUUCUCUUACUGAAACGCUUCCAGAUCUACACGGAGUUGACAUAGAAAGUGUUCAUAUGCCAGUUCCAGGAGGAGGAAUACCAACUGUCCAGCAAGCUCACGAGUUUUAUGAUAUAGUAGAGAAAGUAGGAGCCAAUGGAGGUGCUGUAGCAUUACAUUGCGGAGAAGGACAGGGUCGAGCRAGCGUUUUGAUGGCAUGCUACGCCGUGAAAUCAUUUGCWCUUCCUGCCGAGGAAGCUAUCAAGAAARUACGCCAGGAAAGGCCUGGCGCUGUAGCCACUCAAGAAAGACAGAACAGAGUAAAGGAGUACGAAGACAGUUUGAAGAAAUGAUAUAUAUGUACAAUUUAUUGAAACUGUGCAUGUCAACACCCAUAACGUUCUGCAUCCGCCACAGCCGUUCGAUGGAAGCCUGAGCUCCAUCAAUUAAAGAAAACUACAAAGAUUAAUUUGCUAAUGCGUAUAAAAGAUUUUAUUCGUUUUAUCUGUGAUUAGAAGACUUAUUCCAAACAUCUUAGGUUUACUAUGAAUAUACAGUAUAAUUCCCAACCCAAKCCCUCAUGGCCUUUAUGAAGUCUAUACUUUCACACCAACAAUCCUCUUCGAGACGCUUCGCGGUUUACUUUUAAGCUGAAUCAACAGAGAGAAUGAAAGCUAGAGUUAUACUUAGAAUUAUAAUGGAUGUUUUUAACGCCUGAAUGUUGAGAAAAAACUAUGAUCACUUUUGCAAAACCUUAACGACCGAGUAGGAUUGUAGUUAUGAAGCAUAAAAGUCAUUGUAAAUUCCGCGGCCUGUUGCACGACUUUUGAGUCUUUGCUUCUAUAUAAAAUGUUCUGUAUACAAAGUGAAAAGCUUGUACCACAAUAAGCCUACAUGUUCGAAGGCCUCGCCUUGAACUGUUAAAAUUGGCCUUUUACCUUUUAAUCAUGUUAAGUGGUCAUGUCGCUGACCGCAGACCUAUAUAAAAAUACUCAUUUCACUGAAAUUAUCUACAAGAUUCUAGUUGUCGGUCAGCGGACAUGUCCACUAAACAUCAUGCAAARCAGGCUUUGUUCAAGGAUGAAGUCUAAUGUCGACAUUAUGGAAUUCAGCUUUAGAAUAUAUGUAUUGACCUAAUUUUACGUCACUACUUGGUUUUCGAUGCAUUGUGGGAUCAGUCUGAUCAGUUCCAAGAGAACUACUAAAGAAAUUCGCCAUGUUCUGUCCCAUACAUUUCCUACAAUGCAUUGCGUAUACGGUACAUGACGUAAAAGCUUCAGAGGUCUAUUGGGAAACUUUAUUUUAGAGUGAAUGAAAUUAAAUGAAUCAAAAUGCAUACAAAUUAUUGCAAAACGUGCCUGAGAAUAAGCGAUUUAGGAACAUCGGAAUACAUCAAAAAGAUGAGCAAUAUAGCUGAGUUUUUGAUCUAUUCCGAAAAUGCUUAAGAUCUUUUCCUGAGAUAGUAUUUUUGCAAUUAAGUGUAUGUUGUUCUUAUAGUACUACUCAAAAUCCUUUAGAAAUAAACUCCUCAGUUUUUCA